AUGGCGAUGGGAAACCUUUCGGUUGUGACGGAAUUCUUUCUGGUGGGGCUUUCCCAGUACCCAGAGCUCCAGCUUUCUCUGUUCAUGGUCUGCCUCAUCAUGUACCUGAUAAUCCUCCUUGGAAACAGUCUCCUCAUUCUCAUCAGUCUCCUGGAUUCCCGGCUGCACACUCCCAUGUACUUCUUCCUUGGGAACCUCUCCUUUCUGGACAUCUGUUACACAUCUUCUUUCAUUCCUCCAAUGCUUAUCAUAUUUGGGUCGGAGAGAAAAUCCAUCUCCUUUGUUGGGUGUGCUCUUCAGAUGGUUGUCUCCCUUGCCUUGGGAUGCACCGAGUGUCUUCUCCUAGCUGUGAUGGCCUAUGACAGGUACAUGGCCAUCUGCAACCCACUGAGGUACUCCAUCAUCAUGAAUAGGAUGCUCUGUGUGCAAAUGGCCGCAUUGUCCUGGAUUAUAGGCAGUCUGACCUCCUUAGUACAAACUAUGCUGACAAUGCUAUUACCUUUCUGCGGGAAUAAUGUCAUUGACCACCUUACUUGUGAGUUACUGGCUCUUCUUAAACUCGUCUGCUCUGAUAUCUCUAUCAAUGUGCUUAUCAUGACAGUGGCAAGUGUUGUUGUUUUAGUGAUUCCUCUACUGCUAAUUUUCAUCUCCUAUGUUUUCAUUCUGUCUACUAUAUUAAGACUUAAUUCCACUGAGGGGAAAAAGAAAGCCUUUUCUACCUGUUCAGCUCACAUAGCUGUGGUCGUCUUGUUCUAUGGUUCAGCCCUAUUUAUGUACAUGAAACCCAAAUCAAAGGACACAAAGACGUCUGAUGAGAUCAUUGGGAUGUCUUAUGGAGUGGUGACUCCAAUGUUGAACCCCAUCAUCUACAGUCUAAGGAAUAAAGAGGUAAAAGAAGCGGUGAAGAAAGUCCUGAGCAGACACCUACACUCAUGGAAAAUAUAA